GCUCUAAGCAAAUAGAGGAAAAACAUCGCGGGUAAGGCCACUUUUAAGCAUGGCCCUUGUUUAAAAAAUCAGGCCAGGAUUUGUAAGCCCGCGGGCUUCAUACCAUAUUAACAUAGUUAAUCCAUGGUAAUGGGCUUCUGUGAUUAAGUUUUGCGUAAGUGUGAUAUGUUCAUGGAGAUGACGAGUUGUUUCAAAAGAUGAGAGCAGAGUUUGGACACUUUUAUGAUCCAACUCCAAGAUUGGUAACUUAAAAGGGUCGUACCUGUUUAUUUUUAGGUUCAUAUGUAUAAUGAUCCUAUGAUAAAGCUAAGGUAUGAUAUUAUUUAAGAAAGAAGAAUGUUUACAAUCUCAACACGGUGAUGAACCGUGAUUGAGCCCAAAUCCAAGAGCCACCUCUUGAAACCCUUUUACAAUCCAAUUCCAAGCCAAGUUCGUAAUGAAGAUGAUGACUCCUAUUUAUAGCUCACAGUCAACUCUAACUGCCAUUCCAGAUCAUCAUGCCAAGUCAGCUCCAGGUUAUCAAUAAUCCUAUGGUAUUUAUCAAUAUUCCCCUCGCUAAAGUCUCUUGUGCUUGCAGGUACAUAUGAGCCUCACCAUUCACCAACUCAAGCAAAAAAACAAGGAAGUAGUGGCGAUGUUCCCAAACUUGUACGCAACUCAGUUACGUUGCUCCUCAUCAUCACUUCAGGAAUAUGUAUGUAACCUCCUGUUUAAGACAGUACGAAAGAACAACCCUAAAACAUAAGUACCUAUAAAUACACGUUUUAUUAUGAAAGAUAAUCAAGCAAAACGUUGAAUAUUGUACAAAUAUGUUGAAAUCAAUUAUAUUUGGAUAAGCUUUCUGAUUGCAUGUGUAUAUAUCAUCACAUAUAAAAAGUUUAUAAGUGUGUGUAAACAGUUUCAACUUUUGUUGAAUAUGUGGUGAAUAGUUAAUAUUUUGAGAUAUCAUGAAAGCCUAAGGAAGUACACAGUUUGUAAGCCAGUAGGUUUUUCUAUAUGUAUGUUAAUAAUCGGUUUCUAAUUGUUAGUUUAACCAGCAUACUACUUGAUCUCCCAAAGAGGAGACUCGAAUAGGUUUCGAAAUGACAAUGAAGAACAUAUGUAAUUGAGCUUUGUUCUAAUCUGAGACCGUAGAAGAAAGCGAUAUACACUUCGUAUCACAUACUCUUACGGAUAGAAAAUGCAGUAUCUUUCAGGUAAAUUCCAGAUUGAGUCAAUUCAUAUCUUCUCAAAACUCCAGACAAAGCUUGUAGGAUGGUGACUGGUGAGUUUCACAUUGAUAUUAAUGUUCAUGUUUUCGGAUGACAGGAUGAGUAUGAGAGAGAGAGAGAGAGAGAGGGAAAGAGAGAGAGAGAGAGGUCAGGUUUUGAAAUUGGAUUGUGGACACUAUGAUUACUUGGCGUAAGGGUUGCCUAGAGAAGUGAAGUUCAAUCUGCAAAAAGAAAAUCACAAUUAUUUAAGUGGUUUAAAAUAAUGUCGUGCCGCAAGGGAGAGGAAGGAAUGAGUCAAUGGUUUAAACUUCUGAGUCAAGUUGGGGAGAGUGUGGGGACAAUUCAUUGAUCAUCACAUGCAGAAGACUUGACAAAUCAACUCAAAAUCCGACAAGAGUUGACGCAAGACUUGCAAACCUAAAGCUCUUUAAAGGGGAGCCCCCAACCAUGACACAACUCAACACUUAUCACACAAACUUAAAGAAAGAAAAAAAGAAGGAUGUUGAUUCCGAUCCAAUCUUAUUUCAUCUUAUUUCUUUCCCUUAUUUUCAACACUCUUGCUUCUCCUAGGCUCGAAAUGAAUGCUCUUUUGGAGUUCAAAAAUGAGUUCCCGUUAAGUGCACCAGACCCACAUGCUUCUUUUGCUUUCUCUUUUAGUUCGUGGAACACGAGCAUUGAUCACUGUUCCUGGAAAGGUGUCACCUGCAAUGCUAAUUCCGGUGAGGUGAUAUCACUCUUUCUUCAGUUCAUCUUUCUAAAUGGCUCUUUGAAAGCAAACAGUAGUCUUUUAAAACUCCAACAUCUUGAUAGCCUAACCCUUUCACAUUGCAAUCUCAUAGGAAAGAUUCCAUCUUCACUAGGAAAUCUUUCUCACCUCAUAGACCUUGACCUUUAUGGUAAUAACUUGGUUGGUGAAAUUCCAUAUUCACUAGGAAACUUGUCCCGUCUCACAAAUCUUCUUCUUGCUGAGAAUCACUUGAGAGGUGAAGUUCCGCCUACAAUUGGCAACCUAAACCAGCUAACAUUUAUGGUCUUGGCCUCAAACAACUUGAGUGGUAACAUUCCUAGUUCAUUUUCCAGUUUCAGCAAGCUGUCCUAUUUAGAUCUCUCAAAAAAUCAAUUCACCGGUGGAGAUUUACCUAGUAUACUAUCAAAUUUAACCAGCUUGUCCGAAUUAGACAUUUCCUAUAAUCACUUCAAAUCCAAGCUUCCAUCUAACAUGAGUGGACUCCAUAACUUGGAGGUAUUUGACGCAAAAGAAAACUCUUUUGUCGGGAAUGUCCCUAUAUCCCUGUUUACGAUUCCUUCACUAAAAGAGGUUUUUUUGAGUGGAAACCAGUUUGAGGGACCCUUAGAGUUUGGGAAUACAUCCUCAUCGUCUAAGUUAAAAUGGCUAAACCUUGCUUCUAACAACUUCAAUGGACCAAUCCCAGAAUCUAUAUCUGGAUUUCUCAAACUCGGUGUGUUAGAUCUUAGCAAUAACAGUUUCCUUGGGCCAAUCCCUGGAUCUAUGUCCCAAUUAGUCUCCCUAAGGGUUCUAGAUCUCUCCUACAAUAAGUUGGAAGGUCAAGUACCGAGUUUCUUGUGGAGGUUGCCUAAGUUGACGCUUUCUCAUAAUUCUUUCAGUAGCCUCGAGGAAGUUGUCGUCAAUGGAAGCUCCUCUGAUCUUAGUUCAAAUUCCCACGUUGAUCUUGGUUCAAACUCACUCCGAGGAUCAUUUCCCCGAUGGAUCUGUAGGUCUACAACAUUAGACUUCUUAGAUCUGUCAAACAACCAUUUCUCUGGUUCCAUUCCUUCAUGUUUGAUGAAUUCCACUGCUUCUUUGGGUGAUAUAAUUCUAAGAAACAACAACUUGAGUGGAUUCCUUCCAGAAAUCUUCACCAAUGCCACCAAGUUACGAUCCCUAGACGUUAGCCGUAACCAGUUAGCGGGGAAGCUUCCGAAAUCUUUGAUCAACUGCAAGUCCAUGGAAUAUCUGAAUCUGAAAGGAAACAAGUUCAAGGACACGUUUCCAUCUUGGUUGGGAUCUUUGGUAUCAUUACGUGUUCUGUUUCUCGGAUCAAAUGCAUUUUAUGGUCCAUUAAUCUCUUCACACUUCGGGUUACCAAGUUUGCGAGUCAUUGAUAUAUCGCACAAUAGCUUCGAUGGAACAUUGCCACAAGAUUAUUUUGUGAACUGGCAUGAAAUGUCAUCAGUGUGGGUAGAUGAAACUAAAUGGCCUCUGCCUGAGGAUCCUAUAUAUCAAGGCAGCCCAUUUACCAUGGGCGGAGUAAACAUUUUUGAUGAUUCGAUGGAUAUGAUGUAUAAAGGUGUAGACACAAAGUUUCCACGGAUAUUUCGUGCGUUCAAAGCCAUCGAUUUUUCUGGAAAUAAAUUCACUGGACAGAUCCCUAAAUCAAUUGGCCUGUUGAAGGAAUUGAUUCUUGUCAACUUUUCAAGAAAUGCAUUUACAGGCAGUAUCCCUUCAUCCUUGGCAAAUAUAACACAUCUAGAGGCACUAGAUCUCUCUCACAACAAGCUUACAGGUAAUAUUCCUCGUGAUCUUGCCAAACUCUCCUUCAUAUCAUACUUGGACUUCUCCCACAACCUUCUCCAAGGUCCAGUUCCACGAAGCACUCAGUUUCAAAGUCAAAAUUGCUCUUCAUUCGAGGACAAUCUUGGACUCUUUGGUCUCGAGGAAGUCUGUGGACCGAUCCAUGUUCCGGAUCCAACAUCCGGGAAUUCACAACAAUCAGAGGAAUUUUCAUCCAAAGAGUCAGAAGAAGUGUUGAACUGGAUAGCAGCUGCAAUAGCCUUCGGACCUGGUAUGUUCUGUGGACUGGUGAUCGGUUAUAUCUCCUUCACUUCACACAAACACAUAUGGGUCAUGUAGAAGUUUCGUCGCAACCAUCCCUGUGGGAUCAUCACUGUUCGUUAACUGCAUCACUCUCAACUUUGUUUCCUUAAGCGUCUUGUAAGUCUGUACUUCCAAUAACUGGUUCGUCAAAAUGUUGUGUUUGUAAUUUUGGUUCUAUUAAACAUUGUUGGUGUUUUGUUGUAAUGGUAAAAUUUGAAGUUUUAUUUGACAGACUUAUACUUGUCUGCGAAGGUGGAAACUUUUUUGGGA